UUUUGGAUCGAAUUUUGCAUUUUCCACGAAAUAUGCCUUGCUGCGCCAUGCAAAUGUAAUGUGCUGGUUUCGAUUUCCCUUUGGGGAGCUUCAAAGGCGUGAAUAAAACUAGAUAAAGUAAAAUACAGAACGAAAAGAAUGCUCAACAGAUGUAAUGUUCUAAAUCGCCAUGUAAAGGUUUGGAGACUUGGAUUUCCUAUUUUCAAGAGAGCAUAUACUCAGGCUAAUGAUGUUAUUUAUCAAAUGAGCCAGUAUGAGGUAGAAAAGAUACGAAACUUCAGCAUAAUUGCACAUAUUGAUCAUGGAAAGAGUACACUUGCUGAUAGACUGUUGGAAUACACAGGAACAAUAGAAAAAACAAAUGCAAACAAACAAGUUUUAGAUAGACUACAGGUUGAAAGAGAACGAGGGAUUACUGUAAAAGCACAGACCUCUUCUAUGUUUUAUCAUCACAAAAAUGGAGAUACUUGUUUAUUCAAUCUGAUAGAUACACCAGGUCAUGUUGACUUUAGUUAUGAAGUAUCCCGCUCAUUAGCUGCGUGUGAAGGUGCACUCUUGCUGGUAGAUGCUGCUCAGGGUAUACAAGCACAGACAGUAGCUCACUAUUACAAUGCAAUUGAAAAUGGCUUAACAAUAAUACCAGUUAUUAAUAAGAUUGACUUAGCAAGUGCAGAUGUAGAAAAUGUCUCAAAACAAAUUGAAAAUGUGUUAGAUUUUCCAAAAGAGCAAAUAAUGAAGGUAUCUGCAAAAAUGGGAACUGGCAUUGAGCUUAUGUUGGAAAAUAUUUUUGACAGCAUGCCGUGUCCUAAAGGAAACUCCACAGAGAAUUUGUCAUUAUUCUUAUUUGAUUCGUGGUAUGAUGUUUAUCGUGGUGUUAUCUGUCUAAUGGCUGUGAAAAAUGGUGUAGUAAAAAAAGGUGACCGAUUACAAUCUGCUUAUUCAAAAGAAACAUAUGAUGUUUUGGAAGUAGGAAUUCUUCACCCGAAUGAAGUUGUAGUUGAUAAAUUAUAUGCUGGUCAAGUCGGGUUCAUUACGAUGGGAAUGCGAGAUGUAAAAUUGGCUUUAGUAGGAGACACUUUCCAUCAUGUGGAUAAACCUGUAACUCCUGCUUCCGGAUUUAAAACUCCCACUCCGAUGGUUUUUGCAGGUGUUUAUCCAUCGGAUCAAAGCAUGUACCGAAAUUUACAGCGAGCCAUUCAAAAACUUACUCUGAAUGAUGCAAGUGUGUCUGUCCAUCCAGAUAACAGUGUCGCACUCGGUCAAGGAUGGCGAAUUGGUUUUCUUGGUUUGUUGCACAUGGAUGUUUUCAAACAGAGACUGUCUCAGGAAUAUAAUACUGAAAUUAUCAUGACAACACCGAAUGUACCUUACCAAGCAAUGUUGAAAGGAAAAAAUAAAGAAAACAAAAUUGAGAUUCGAAGUCCAGAAGAUUUUCCAUCGCAUUCAAAAACCGAAUGUUAUUAUGAACCCAUGGUCACUGGUACGAUGAUAUUCCCAGAGAAAUACCUUGGCAAAAUCAUGAGCUUAUGCGAAAAUAAACGAGGAGAACAGUUAACAUUAUCUUACAUAGAUGAUUCAAGGAUAUUGCUGAAAUAUAAGUUACCGUUAAAUGAAAUUGUUGUCGACUUCUACGAUCAGUUGAAGUCAUUAUCAUCUGGAUACGCUAGUUUUGAUUAUGAAGAGUGUGGCUUUCAAGAAACAUUAAUCGAAAAGAUGGAUAUUUUAUUAAAUGGAAAAAGAUUGGAUUCUCUGAGUGUGAUUGUUCAUCGAACCAAAGUUAAAGAUUUGGGCAAGAGUUAUUGCUUUAAAUUGAAAAAUUCUAUCCCGAGGCAAUUAUUUGAAGUAGUUAUACAAGCAGCCGUGCGUGACAAAGUGAUUGCGAGAGAAACGAUUCGACCUAUCCGGAAAGACGUAACAGCCAAAUGUUAUGGUGGAGAUGUAACUCGAAAAAGAAAACUACUUGAACGUCAAAAGGAAGGCAAAAAAAGAAUGAAAAAGUUCGGUAGCGUUGAUGUUCCACACGAUGCGUUUUUAGCCUUACUUAAAAGAUGAAGACAGGUCAAGGUGAAGGUGAUUUAUUUUAUGCCGUGAGAGUUGACUCGUUGCUGGGAUUACCGUAUAAUUACCACUCCAUGAUUCUGAUGUGUUUAAAAUCGUGUAGCAAAGUUUAUAUCAACAAACAUGGCUAUUGUUGGUUGUUACGAGGAUUAAACAUUAUGCAUUAAUAUUUCUUUAAAAGAGAGGAAUGUUUUAAAAUAAUAUUUUCUUGCUUUCA